GCACCUCACGUCCCAUACCGGAUCUACUAGACUCCACCUGUCAGGAUGGCUGCGCUCUUUCUUUUUUGCAUGUGCACGUGCGCAUGAGCGAGUGCGUGACUGCGUGUGUGUGUGUGUGUGUGUGUGUGUGUGUGUGUGUCGUGGGGGAAUAACACUGGCGCGUGCUGACUCAGGACGAAAUGCGACGCAGCAGCUAAUCGCGGCUGAUUUCUGCUUCUGAUUUGAACCUGGACUGACAGGAACACGGAACACCACCUCAGGUGAAGCGCCUGCUGUUUUCACGGAGUCAACUCUACGCUCAGCCUUCCGUUUUGUUGGACUCGCAGUCUCACAGGAGGAAACGCGUAUCCCAGCUCCGGUGGAUGUUUUUAUCUGCAGCGCCUCAGCCGAGCGGAGAACCGAGGAGCAGAAUGUCAAGACAGUCACAGCAGCAGCACCGGACGCCCGUCAGACACGUUGAUAACACGGUGGAGGUCAAGAGCAAAUUUGAGGCAGAGUACCGUCGCUUUGGUCUGAAGAGGAAUGGAUUCGGUGGCUUCCAAGAGUUCUACCACCUCCUCCAAAACAUCCAUCACAUCCGCGGUGUGGAGGUGCUGCUGGAAUACGCUGACAUCCAUGGAGAUCUCCUCCCAAUCAACAAUGAUGAAAACUUCCACAAAGCUGUUUCUUCAGCCAAUCCCGUACUGCGGAUAAUUAUAACAAAGAAAGAGGGUGACUCCGUUGUUUACACCACCAACUCUCUCCAGAGACGCAGAAAAGGACUGGGCUUAACAAGCCUGCGCCCAGCUGGUUCCGGCUCCAUCCACACAAAGAACAAAUCGGGCCUCAUGAUUGGCCCUCCGCAGGACUUCAGACAGAUUUCAUCCAUUAUUGACGUGGAUAUUUUACCUGAGUCAUAUAGGCGAGUUCGACUGCACAAGUAUGGCUCCAAAAAGCCUCUGGGAUUCUACAUCCGGGAUGGGGUGAGCAUGCGGGUGACACCGCAGGGUGUAGAGAAGGUUCCAGGGGUCUUCAUAUCUCGCCUGGUGCGCGGUGGGCUCGCAGAGAGCACUGGAUUACUGGCUGUUAAUGAUGAAAUCCUCGAAGUCAACGGCAUCGAUUUAGUGGGAAAAUCUUUAGAUCAGGUCACAGACAUGAUGGUGGCUAACAGUCACAACUUGAUUGUGACUGUGAAACCAGCUAACCAGAGGAACAAUGUUGUACCUCGUGGGAGUAAAAACUCGAUGGGUCACUCUAGUUCUGUGGGUUCGGGUGGAUCCGUAGGCUCUGCAGUGUCACAUGACUCCCCAAGUCCUGCCUCUCAGAGCAAUCCUAUCACUGCAAGCAGCAGCAUCGCCGAGGGAGACAGUUACGAGGAAGAUGAUGAUGGUGAUCUCAUUCUGGAGAAUGACUGCCUGUCGCCCAAUAAAUACUAUCCAGUCAGUAACAGCAACAGCAGCACUCUGAACAGGGACUCUCCUCAUGAAGGGCAGCACAGCGCGAUCCCACAGAGUGUGUCCAUGCCGAACAGCCUCGGCACCUCGCUGAGCCACAGCUCCACCAUGAUGUCCCAUCACAACGGCGGCUCCGCACACUCAGUCAGCAGCAGCCAGGAGAGCAUGAAGGAAGAUGGCAACGAAAUAACACUGUGACACAUGUAACCACGGCAACAACUUAUGACUGUGGAACAAUUAAGACAUGAUGUUGUAAACUUGACAUCUGAUAAGCAGAUGUUACAGGUUCUCCUUUUAGACCACAGACAUUGUUGAGAACCGCGCCAGCGUUCUGGACUCUCCAUCGCUUUCCAGAGAACAGAACCAGAAUGACGGGUCACACGGAGCUGGGCUUCUUUAGGAAGCUUCGUUAUCAGGUUCUGUAAGCAAAGAGUAAUUAUGUAUUCUUUUAUUAUAGUGAAGUAAUUAUGGAAAUUAUUUUAAUGAUAUUUUGAACUGCUGACUGUGAAAGAGAACGGAAGAACUGCAAACAAUAAACCAGUUUAGCAACUAUUACGUGAUCUCUGAGGGAGUCAGUGACCUUUGUAAUACUUUCUGUUUUCAUCGUUUUUAUGGUAAUAACUUAAUAUCUAAGUUCUGGACAAAUCAGAACUUUUCUCAUUUUCUCAGUUAUAUAACUGCUUUCAAUGUUGUCUUGACAUUUUAUAUUUUGUUUUCAUUUGUGAUGCACAAGACAGAAGUGGCCAGUUCUGAUGUAUUAAUGUUUGACCAGAAGCUUAUCAUUCUCAAUGCGCAAUUACAUCUAUUACUGACCCGGUUACCUGAAUGAACAGCUGAGAUUAUUUUAAAAGUGAGUUUCUUUGUAGAGGUUACGAGUAGUCAGUAUCUAACUUGCAUUUGUUAACUUGUUAAACAGCCUCCAGCUGGACAACCAGAAGCUUCAGUGGUGAAAAUGGUUUAAAGUAUGUUUGUCAUUACUCAGUGAAUGUUUACAAUGAUAUUUAUUCAAACAGUUUUGUCAUUUUAAUUAUCAUUGUACCUACAAAUGCCGAGCUUAAUAUGCCUUAGGUGGCACAUCCUGUUUGAGAAAAAUAAAUUAAAUGAAGUCAUUAUUUAUGAAAAUUAUAAAUAAAUGGCCAGAAAUAA